AUGCUUUACAGCUUCCAGCCUGUUGGUCUUAAGUCAUGCUGUCACUGGUUCUGGUCCUCAACCCCUGAAAUUGUUAGAAAACCACGAGGCAGUCAAAACACCAGCCUCAUCAGCGAUUCAGAUCUUAGCGCUUCAGAGCGGAGUCGUCGCCUGAUACCCUAUAUGGCCUUCUAUUUGCCAGCCCCCGAGUUGCCCAUCAAUCAGCAAUAUGCGAGCACCAAGCACUCAUCGUCUGCUGGCGGAGCACAGCUCCAGGCACCGCCACCGGGGCCAGGAAGGAUCCCAGUACCGGUGGCAUAUAUGCCACAGCAGCAGAAGCAUCCCCAUCACCUUGGUCCACCGCAUCCGCCGCCUGUGACGACGCACUAUCAGGCGGGAGCAGCCGAGGUGUACCACAGCAUGGCCAUUGGCAGUCACCACCAGCAGUCACAUUCACAUUCACAUCCGCAUUCGCAUCCAUAUCCCCACUCACAUCCUCCACCUGGCCAAGUCAAGGAGCAGCCUCUGACGGAUUCAGGCGCCACUUUUAUUGCCUACAAGCCAUUGAACCCAUCGCACAAGCACAAGACGGUGCAGCAUUUUCCGCCAUUGCCGCCACCGAAGGAGCAAGUGCAGCAGCAACCACAACAACAGCAGCAGCAGCAGCACCACCACCACCAUCACCUCCUUCUCCAACACCAACAGCAUCACCAACAACAACAACAACAACACCAACAACCACAACAAUUUGAGAUACUAUCACCAGGUUUGGUGGCUCCAUCCCAGUUGCAGCGUCAACGUGGCAAACUCAAAAUCAAUUUAACGCCAUUUACAGCAAAGAACACAUUGCCGGGACAGUUUAUACCCAUUAUUUAUACGCCAGUGAGCAGCAAGCCCGGCUCCGCCAGUCCCAUCAAUUACAAUAAUAUCAAUAAUGGCAACCUAAAGCAACCAGAAAUUGUCUACCAAGCAGCAGUGCCGCAUAAAACUUCCCAUCAAACACAAAUCGUUGGAGUUCUUGCCUCAGCCGAGCAGCAGCAGCAUCAGCAGUCACCAUCAUCAUCCGGAUCUUCCGAGGAGGAGAAGAGUGUGGAAGCGGAGGAGGAGGUGCAGCAGCAGCAGGAGGAUCAUAGAGCCCCCGAAGAGCCAGUGGAGGUGGAGGAGCAGCAACAGCAGCAACCAACUCCAAGCAUUGGCUACGCUUCCGUGUCGGUACCCGAUACAAGUUCAGUUACCGCCGCCACCACAUCUAGCAAAACCGCAUUGAUAGUACAUCAAAAAUCACCGUCAUUUGGCGGGCAUGUGAGUAAAUACGAGAGUUACUUCAACAUGGCCCCGCCCACACAUUCGCAGCAUCCGCACCUGACGCCCCAGGAGAAAUACGUGCUUUACUUGCAACAGCGCAUGAAACACCAAAAGCAACAGCAACAGCAGCAGCAGCACAAGAAUUACGACUUUCCACAUCCGGUGGUGGUGCCAGCACAAAGCAGUAAUACACUGACCGGUAGCCACCAUCCUGCCAACACCCAUCUGCAUCCCCAUCAGCAGCAAACACACCAUCAUCCCCAGACACAGAUCCAUCAUCCAAACAAGAACUACGACGAUGCCCUGUAUGUGCGGCCGGAUGCAACUGCUGGCCAGCAGGUGCUGCACAUUCCGUUGCGCGCCCUCAUGGCCCACGUCCAAGAGCAAACGCAUUCGGAGUCGCAAUAUGCCAAGGAUGAGGCGCUCGGCUCACCAGCACCGGCGCAAUAUAUUGAUUAUCUGAUUGACGGCCCCCGUCAAUCGUUGGAUGAUGAGCAGCAUCAGCAGCAACACGAGCGUCCUUUGGUCCAUCAUCCCUCGCCCCAGCAUGCUUACAUUUUGGUGACCACAACAGCUCCUCAUAUUGAACACCAAGCGGCGCCACAGCUUCACCCGGAGAUAUCCUCCACCCCAAGGCCUCAAAUUUUGUAUAAGCAACAGCCUACACUUCGAUUACAACCCGUGCAUACCUACAAGGCCACUCGACGUCCCAUUUAUGUGACCGCACCCCCUCAAGCCGGUCCUCCCACGCCUAGUCACACGGUGGAGAUUACCCCAAAGUAUGUUUACGUUUCAGGAAAGCCUCCAAGUGGCCCAGAGCGAGAACCUUCUACGGUGACACAUAAACUGAAGCCCGUUUUCAAAUACGCUCACGAGCGUCCACCAUUAACGCCCGCAUAUGUGACCGGUCAUGAAGAUGAUCAGUUGCCUGAUAUUCGUACCUCAUCGCUGGCCGAGAUCUUGCACAAGCUUCAAGCGAGCAAUCAUCUCCCACAGACUCUGACACCCGACAAUAUUGACAAUUCCAUUAAGACCCUGAUAAGAAUAUUGCAAAACCUGAAGCAAACCCAAACGAUUGUGGCAAAUCCACCGCAGCAUCACGAACAUGAGGAGCACAAACACAAUUCCCAGGACUACGACUACAACGGCGAAGAUGAUCAUCAUACAACGUCCACGGGAUCCGAGGAGGAAACAGUUUCCAAACUAAAAGGACCAAAUAAGCAUCCUGGACCAAGUACGGGUAGGCCUGGAAUCGAUUAUCCCAACUAUGCAGAGAUCCCCAAGACAAGUUUCGAAUGCACUAAGCAACGUUACAAGGGAUUCUUUGGGGAUCCAGAUACAAAUUGUCAAGUCUGGCAUUAUUGUGAUCUCAAUGGUGGCAAGGCAUCGUUCCUGUGCCCCAAUGGAACCAUAUUCAGUCAGAUUGCUCUGACUUGUGACUGGUGGUUCAACGUGAAAUGUUCCACUACUUCCCAACUUUAUGUGCUAAAUGAGCGACUCUACAAAUACAUUCUACCCUUCAAUCCCAAGUUUCCCGAGGACUACAAUGGACCCAUUGUAGACAAAUACCUUGCCAUGAAGUUUCAGGAAAUGGAGGAGAAAAUGCGGCAGGAGAAGCAACGCAAGGCUGCUCAGCAGGCGGAGAAGCCAGUCGUGGUCUCAUCAUCCACUCCAUCCCUGCCCAAAAACCACAAGCCAGAACCCAAGCAUGUGGGCAGUGGGAUUAAUGCCCAGGUCUAUGAGCAAAGCUCGGAGCGAAAUCUAUUAAUUGACGACGAGAUUGAUGACAUUUCGGAACGUGGCAGCUACGACACAUUCGAUCAAUCCCAACCAACCACCAUAAUGGCUCCUACAAGCACCCAGGAUGAUACCCAAUCCUAUGUCCUCAAGCCAAUUGUGGUGUCAUCUACGCCACAACCGCUACCACAAAUUGAUUUCGAAGUGGAACCCACAGCACCGGAAAGCAGCGAAGAGGAGGAUAAGCUGCAGAGCUUAAGAGAAACAAAAGAGGCCGAUAAGAAAAUAGGGCGAGAGACGACGAAAGUAAGCGUAGAAAAGCUCGAGGUUAUCGAGAUUAAGACCGAUGGAAAUACUGGACAAUUGAUGCCCAUCAAACAAAGCAGCAGCAGCAGCAGCAGCAAUGAGCAACAAUGAAAGGGAAAUCUCCAAGAUAGAAAGGAAUGAAGGAUGAGCUUGCCAUAUUUGUAAUGAGAAAUUCGCCCCUAAAUUAUUCUUUAGCGAGCAAGUACUGUAAAUAGCUAGCCGUAAAUGCAAUUGU